AUGGCGCGCGGCGUGGCGGCUGGGGCGAAGGGCGGCGCGGCCGGCGGCGGCAAGAAGAAGGGCUCCGUCACCUUCACGAUCGACUGCACCAAGCCCGUGGAGGACAAGAUCAUGGAGAUCGCCACGCUCGAGAAGUUCCUGCAGGAGCGCAUCAAGGUCGCCGGCGGCAAGGCUGGAAACCUCGGCGAGGGCGUCACCGUCACCCGCGAUAAGACCAAGGUCACGGUCACCUCCGACGGCCCUUUCUCCAAGAGGUACCUGAAGUACUUGACCAAGAAGUACCUGAAGAAGCACAAUGUGCGUGACUGGCUCCGGGUUAUCGCCUCAAACAAGGACCGCAGCAUCUAUGAGCUCCGGUACUUCAAUAUUGCUGAGAACGAGGGUGAGGAGGAGGAUUAG